AUGGGAUCUAAAACACAGAAAUUAUCAGCAACUCAAAAGAAUGACAUUAGUGCUGAUGAUCAUCCACCGAAAAAACUCAUGCACAGAGAGAGUGAACGAAAAAGAAGGCAACAAAUGACAGAUCUUUUUGCUUCUCUUCGGUCACUACUCGCUCUUGAAUACAUCAAGGGAAAGCGUUCAACAAUCGAUCACACGCAUGAGGCUAUGAAAUAUAUACAACACCUGCACGAGAAUCUGAAAGAAUUGGGUAUCAAGAGGGACAAGCUCAAGAAGUUCUUCGAUUCAGGCACUGUUGGCCAGGGAAAUGAUCAUGAGAGCUCAAGUAAUUCUAUGCUUAAUGCUGUCAAGGUCAGCUUAUGCCAGGAUGGUGUUGAGAUCUUGAUCCAUAUUAACUCCGUAGAUGAAGUGUUCCCCCUCUCAAAGGUGCUGGAAGUUUUGCUUGAAGAAAGCCUCAGUGUUGUCAGCUGUAAUACUACCAAAGUAAAUGGAAAGUCAAUUCACUCUAUUCGAUCUGAGGCCAGCAAGCUGACAUGCGUUGAUCAAUCCAUACUGGUACAAAAGCUGCUCCAUUUGAUCAACAUAAAGUAA